AAAAUUUCGUGAAGACUAAGUGAUGGAAUUUAUGUAAUUAAAAUGAAGACAAAAAGUAUUUAAGUGGAGGGAAUUUGCUUGAUAUUUUUGAUUCUAAUUCUAAUUCUUUAACAAACUGUCAAUUCAUCUAUUUUCUACUAUAAUUAAUCAGUUAUAUUACACACCAACUACUUUAAUCAAUUAAAUUAAAUUAAAUACCUUUUCAAAAUGCCAAUGUUAUACAGACCAAGAAAAGAAGGUUACGAAGUAACCCCAACCAAAAUUGGUCCAACUUCAUUUUUAGGACCAGAUGUUUUUGUUUCUGAUGCUCCAGAAGACAAACAAAUUUCUUGUGGUUUUUACAAACAAGUUGAAGGUGAAAAAUUAGUUUACACUUACAGUUAUGAUGAAAUGAAAGUGAUUUUAGAUGUUGUUGGUACUUAUUAUAUUUCUGAUGAAACUGGAUACAAAGUUGAAGCUCAAGCUGGUGAUGUUUUCUACUUCAAAAAAGGUACUACUAUCACUUUUGAAAACAUUGGUGGUUAUGGUUACGCUUGGUACACUGGGUUACGUACCAGAGAUGCUCUCUAAGCUAUCUGAUUUUCAAUUCAGAUAUUAAUCAUUAAUUAUUCAUUUGCGCCUCUCUUUUUUUUUUUAUACUUUAGAUAGAAAAAUCACAAUAAAUUCAUAUUCUUGUUUUUAGUUUCUG